CCCCAUACAAUCACACAUCUUUACACAGCUGAAUAACAACAGGCCUUCUGGUCAGUUGGGCCCCCACAUCCAAGGACAAUGCCUUGGUAAAGGUGUCAAGCUCUUGGGUCAGGAAUUUUGGGUAAAGCUCCUACCCCCAGGGUACAGCCAGUCUAUCCAUGGAACUCAAAACUUCCCUGCUCAGGGACCAAGACUACCUCAUCUACAAGGGACCUUAUCCUCACAAGUUCAGUCCCAGAGAAAAAUGUUACCCAACUGCAACACAGGCAAUACAUCUCAACAGAAUGUUCAUCUUGACAAUAUCUAAGCAAAGUUCAAAAUUGAAUUCCGAUCUUGCACCAGGUCGAGUCUUCUACCAAAGUCUAAUGUUUAACUCAGGUCCGUCAGUCUCUUGUGUAACAACCGAAGCUAAAGAUGAAGUGCCACAGAGAGAAAUAGAGGUCACAACAGUAAGACAUGCAGAUAUUGCUGCUUCAGUCUCAAUAGCAACAUCAGCAGCAGCAGAAGCAAAAGCAGCAACAACACCCACAAUUCAACAAUCAACAGGUCCAUUGCUGAGCUCUUUCAAAUGUCGAGGAUCACCCAUCACCACUCGGUGCCAAGCAAUGAAAUUAUCAGCUGCCACUUUGACUUGACCACUGUACACACCUUGGAGUCAGGUUUAAGGUCACAUCAGCUUAAAUGUUCACGGCAGUAAGAAAAUGUAA